AGAACAUACACCUUGAUGCAUACAUGGCAGUACUCUACACAUCACCGGAAAUGGCUAGACUGAGAAGUUUCAAAAGAAGAGUGACAGUAACUUCUACAACCUUCAUGGAAACUAUCUUCCGAAUGUGGAUGAAGUACAACCGUGAGGAAGACACGCCCGAGUUAAGCACGCAGAACGAACUUCAAAUUGCAAACGAGGACUUGUUCGAGAUGUCUCAAUUCAUCAUUGGGGAGGAACCAUCAUGGGGCCAUGUUAAGCCAUGGCAUGAUUAUGACAAGGUUAUUGCAAUAGCAAAUAUCCUCAACCAUUGGAUAACACUUUGCAUUAACCUCAAGGAAGCAUGCAUCACUGUGUAUGACUCACAGCAGCAUGUAUGGAACAAAUAAGAUUAUGAUAUCAGCAAGCAAAACAUGGUCCCGUUGGCAAGGUUGCUCCCACAUGUCCUCGAGUAUGUAGGUUUCUUUGACGCCAGAAAAGACGUAACAAAAUCUUUGAAUCAGUGGAAGAUUGAUCAUCCAGAAGAGGUCAAUAUCUACGAGCAAACUGAUGACGUCAACUGCGGACCGUUUGCACUGAAGUUCGCUGAAGCAAUAUUGACUGGAAAGUGGGAACAUGGAUUUGACACAAAGAGCUUGAAGAAGUAUAGGCAUGACAUGGCAAUGAAUGUCUACGGU